CCUCCUCUGGACUCCAAAGUGGUUGGAGUUGGAGUCAAACUGUCUCCUCAGAUCGUCCGUGAACGCACACUUGCUCCUUUGUGUGAUUUUUGUAUGAUGUCUCCUCUCGUUGCCCGUUUGCUGCUGCUCAUUUGCUUGGCUUUGCCGCUUUAUGGCGUGGAAAAGGUGAGAAAUAGAGGAUACCGAAAGGAUCCUGACGCCGACAAGUGCUCUGGAAAUGAUGCAGAAAAGCCCAACAACUGUACUAAACACUCUGAGGAGGGAAGAUCUGCUUAUUUGAAAAACAUGUAUGGCAGCUGCUUGCAGGGCCCAGCAGGAACCGCCGGCAGAGACGGUAACCCUGGAGCCAACGGCAUCCCGGGGACCCCUGGCAUCCCAGGGCGCGAUGGGCCCAAAGGUGAGAAAGGGGAAUGCAUAAGCGAGAUCUUCGAGGAGCCGUGGAGACCAAACUACAAGCAGUGUGCAUGGAACUCCCUGAACUAUGGGAUCGACUUGGGUAAAGUAGCGGACUGCACGUUCACCAAGAUGCGUUCGGACAGCGCCCUCCGAGUCCUCUUCAGCGGUUCCCUCAGACUGAAGUGUAAGAACGCAUGCUGCCAGCGGUGGUACUUCACCUUCAACGGAGCCGAGUGCACAGGACCCCUGCCCAUAGAGUCCAUCAUCUACCUGGACCAAGGAAGUCCAGAACUCAACUCAACCAUCAACAUCCACAGAACGUCCUCAGUUGAAGGGCUGUGUGAAGGCGUCAAAUCAGGACUGGUGGAUGUGGCGGUCUGGGUGGGGACCUGCGCCGACUAUCCCAGAGGCGACGCAUCUACAGGGUGGAAUUCAGUAUCUAGGAUUAUCAUCGAGGAACUGCCCAAAUAGAGAUUAAAAUUAAAGAAGUCCACACAGUGAAAGGGAGGGACCUGAACUGGUAGUGUUACAGUGUGUUAUCUGGUCUUCCUAAAUCAUCAGGUGUGGUUGGCUGAGGCGGCGGCCCAGCGUCGCUCAUGGUAACUUGAAUGUGCUUUUUUCUUUUUUGUUUUUUUUUUAAUACUAUACUAGAUGACAGGCCUAUAAACAAGAAUACUGUGCUGUGUACCAGAAACAACCCGUGUACUGUAACGUUUCUGCUCGUGGGUGCAGACAUUAUAACGUGACAGACCUGUUCAUGUUCAUUUACUGUUAAUAAAAUCAACUUUUUUGUAA